AUGGGGUCUCUCCUCCUAAGCGCAGCAUCUGGCGCCAUUUUUGGUUCUGCGAUUACCGCGUCCGGCGUCUACCUGCCAUCGGUGAUUGUUUCGCAGAUGGGACUGACCAACUUCCACAUGUUGAAAUCGUUUCUGGCUGCCAGCGCGUGUAGUGCACUUAUAGUCAUUGGGGCGAAUCGAAGCGGAUUUGCCAAGCUGCAGCACCGAUCUGAUUCUUCAUACGGGUGGUUUGCGAGGUACGAUGCAAAUAUUGUCGGUGGUCUCCUUCAGGGUCUGGGGAUGACUCUGACUGGCGCAUGUCCUGGAACCGUUCUUGCGCAACUCGCUUUAGGGAUCAACAAUGCUUGGAAUAUCGCGGCGGGUUGCAUCCUUGGAGGUAUCGCAUUCAUCAAACUUGAGAAGCAAAUGAAAAGGUCUACCGCAUCAUCACGAAAUCCUGUCCCUCUCAAACACACCGUCCAGGAUAAAACUGGCUUGUCAACGACCUCUACAGUCCUCAUCUAUGAGGUUCUAUGUCUUCUGAUGAUUACCGCUGCCACAUACCUUGCACCAACAAGACAGCACUGGUUGAACCCUAUUGCUGGCGGCCUGUUGAUCGGCAUUGCGCAAGCGACAUCGGUGCUGUUUACACGAAAAACAUUGGGUGUCUCCAGCGCUUACGCAGACAUCGGUGCAUACAUCUGGAGCUUCCUCAACGGCACGGCUGGCCCCGGCCUAUCCAACAUCAUCUUCGCGUCUGGCGUCGUCACAGGUUCUAAAAUUAUGUCUCAAUAUAUUCCAACGGCCAGUGAAUCCGGGUCACCCGUUUCCCUACCCGCCGCAAUUGUUGGGGGAUUUGUCAUGGUUUUUGGUGCCAGAAUGGCUGGUGGUUGCACCAGCGGCCACGGUAUCAGUGGCAUGGCUACUAUGAGUCUGAGCAGCUUCGUGACGGUGGCUAGUAUGUUUGCUGGUGGCAUUGGAGCAUCUUUCCUUCUGUGA